UUCCAACCCGACCAAUUUCACCUUCUUCAAUCCGUUUCUCAUCUCCGACAAAGAAAACGUAAACCCUAAAUCAAAACGUUCUCCCAGUUGCCUUUCCCGUCUCACAACCAGAAGAGCAACCUGCAGAUCUGAAGUCGGGCGGGAGCUCCAGCCGGCAGAUUUGAAUCGUCGUGACCAUCACACUCGACCAAUAUCCUCAACUUCUCGGCGAUGUCCAUGAAAGCUCUGCGCAGUAAGCCUUUGUCGCCAGAUCUGGAGAAUCCGCUUCCAAACCACUUUGUUCAUCAUUGUCAACACUGCUCUACCAUCACCUCGGCGACCAGCAACUCGUCACCGCCCCUCUCCUCAGCACGGGACACGGCUCCGCGCCAUCAUCGACCGCCAUGCCGCACUCGCCGGCUUCAUCAGAGCGCUACUCGAACCCGCCAACGAAGAAAAAGUUUGCCGAGAAGAUUCCUGCGGUGAAGUCACCCAGAGCCAAGAAGAAAAUAUACCACCUUCUCCCCUAUUCAAGCCCACAAAAUGCCGGGACAGAAAAUUCAGACUAGACAAAGUCGGCAACAAAGGAGAAGCGGGAAGCUGAAUCCUUGAACCCCUGGAGGGAGAAAAAAAAAAAAAAAAACAGAAUCCAGCCAUGAAAUUGCCGAACCAGCACCUUCAACACAAGCUUGGAGUGGACAGUCAAAAGUUUCUUCAGAUUGAAGGUGAGAUUCAUGAACUUGAGGUUAAAAUUAAUCGAUUGAAUGAUCAAAAGAAAGCUGCCGAGAAGGAGGUUGUGGGGCUUGAAAUUGUUUGGAGUUCUAUUUAGAUGAAUCUGUUUAUGGAUGAAAUGAGAGUUCUUAAAAUUGUGGUUGAUAAGGCAAAUGUGAUUGAUUCUGAGAAGAAAUGCCAGAUUGUCAAGGUUUGUUCUUUACAUGAAGAAAUCAAAAGCUUCAAAUGUUUAUGGGUUGAGUUUCACGGUGUGUGAAGGAGAAGUCAUCACUAGUUUCUACACAGUGAGAGAUGAAAGGUUCAAGGGACAAGAAUCCCAUUUUUCUUGCUGGGAAUCAGUAAGCAGGAGAACAAAAAAGAAGCGGAAAGUUUCAGCAACAACAAGAGAAAAAAAAAAGUUCAUGUUUCAGCAAAGACAUCAGAAGCAAGGGAAAUAACAAUUCCUUGUUUUAGAAAACAAGAGAAAGGGCAGUAGCCAAUUUAAAGAAGCAGAGGGACGUAGCAAAACAUUGCACUCCUUUGUUGAUUUCACAUGUUUCUGGUAGGAGUGUUAGCUAGCAAGAUGCAGCAGCAUAUCCUACCAAGUUUCAAUCCACUGAAGCAGAAAAGCUGAAGAUGUGAAAGAAAAGCCAGUAGCCAAGAUGCAGCGACAUUUUUUUAUUGAAAGAGUGCUAGCCAGCCAAGAAAAAGCAGCAACAUAUCCUUGCUUUUUUGUGGAGUAAAUGAAGCUACAAAGUUGCAGUUGGGGUUUAGUAGUUGAAGAAGAAGAACGAAAGUUAGCUAGCAAAAAAUGUAGCGCCUUAUCCGAGUUAAUUUGGAGAAACUGAAGCUACAAAGCUGAAGUUGGAGGUUGAGGAGUUGAAGAAGAAGAAGAAGAAGAAGAGGAGAAGAUGAGUGGGAUGCCAACUAGCCAAAGAUGCAGUGGUAUCACCUGUUGAAAAAGACAAAGAUUUCAUAGCUAGCUAGCCAUAGAUGCAACAUCUUUUCAGAAGAUGUGUGAGAAGUUAGCUAGCAAGAUGCAGAGCUUCACCAUUUGAAGAUUGAAGGGAAGUUAGCUAGCCAAAGUGCAACAACAAUCUCAAGUCCAGACUGUAUUCUCUCUUCAAUCUUGGUCUGCACAGAAGAGUCCAUCAAAUAGAAAUAAAAAAUAGGUCGCGAUAUAUAAUCAAUUUUUACUUUUUCCGCAUCGGGGCAUUUUGAAAGAAUAGUAUAAGACUAAAAGGUUAUAUCAUUUCAUGGCGGAUCAAUGAAUGAUUGUUAUUGGG